AGAAGAUCAAGUAGACUUGGCAAGUCUAUUUGAUUGAAGCGAAUAUUGAUUGUUUACGGCGUUGGUUGACGUCAAUUCAAGACGGUAAACGAUCAAUAUUCGCUUCAAUCAAGUAGACUUGGCAAGUCAACUUGAUCGUCUCCGGGACGCAUUAGUAGUCUGUGUGACUAUCCUCGAGAAUGCGCGUCGUGUAUCUGUCAAAAAAUCUGUGGAAAUAUUGCACAAAGGUUCGGAAUCGCAAUUUGCUUUGUUUUCGUGAAAUGUCUGCGAAUACACCACCAGGAAAGAGUAAUGGCGAAGAGCCCAUUGAUACAAUAGGACCCAGUGUCCCGCCAAAUCCAAUUGAGAAUCUUGGCGCUAGAAUCAGGGACCUUGAUGUGGAUUCCAUCAGACGAUACUUGGCACAGAAGCUCGGGUUUUACGAGCCUGCUGAGCCAUCGGCUCCGAGCGAAAAAGUACUUGACGAGGUUACCUUAGAUGGAAUUGUAAAAUGGAUAAAGAGUGAUAGAUGCAAGAAUAUAAUAACAUUAUCUGGAGCUGGCAUAUCCACCGCUGCUGGAAUCCCAGAUUUUCGUAGUCCGGAGACUGGCUUAUACCAUAAUUUGCAGAAGUACAACCUACCAGAACCACAGGCUAUAUUUGAAAUAAACUUCUUCAGACAGAAUCCAAAACCAUUCUUUUGUUUAGCUAAAGAAAUGUACCCAGGAAAUUUCAAACCAACCACGUCACAUUAUUUCAUUAGGCUACUACAUGAGAAAGGCUUAUUGUUACGUCAUUACACUCAAAAUAUUGAUACAUUGGAGAGACGUGCUGAUCUUCCAGAUGAUAAACUGGUUGAAGCUCAUGGUACAUUCUACACGUCCCAUUGUUUAGAAUGCCGUAAAGAAUAUACUUUAGACUUUGUUAAAGACAGGAUUUUUGCCGAUGAGAUCCCUAUCUGCACUGAAUGUCCGGGUGUGGUGAAGCCCGACAUCGUUUUCUUUGGCGAGAGUCUGCCGGAGCGGUUCCAGCGUUGUCUGCAAGAAGACUUUGAGAGAUGCGACAUGCUAAUCAUAAUGGGCUCCUCGCUCGAAGUUCAACCUUUCGCCUCACUAAUCGACAUGGUGCCUGACUGGUGUCCCCGCUUACUCAUAAACCGUGAAAGGGCCGGGGUUCGAUCUCCUAUGCUCAGGCUGUGGGGUUUGGGUGGUGGGCUGCAGUUCGAUGAAGACAGCAUUCGAGACGUGGCUCGUCUGGGAGAUUGUGACGAUGGCUGCCAAGACUUGGCUGACAGGCUGGGGUGGGGGGAUGAACUUCGUGCGUUAGUAGCGCAGGAGCAUGAACGACUCGAGAUGGAAGGGGGGGUUUCCACGCUCGCGUCACACAGCGUUUCAGAAACCAAACCAUAGUGUACUCGAACCAACGACGUCGGCAGUUAGGUGAAUACUUGUAGUAUAGUAUCAAUUAUAACGGCGUACUUACAUAGAGACGGGUGCAGAAGUGACACACAAAAUUCGUUACAUUUUAAAUUACUCUACAUGGUCUACCUCACAGAACACAGAACGAAAUUAGAAGGGUGAUCAUAUACCAUUUGUGCGGGAGCCAUAGAGGUAUAAGAAUAGAGUGGGGAAGGCGGCUCUAAAAGUGUCCGUCUAGUAGAAAGAGAAAGAAGAUGAGAGACCGCUAGCUAUCUCUUUCUCUUGUGACGCAUGCGCAGUCGUUUGUCCAAUAGUUGGUACAAGCAUUACAUCUAAAUAGUAAGAUGCUCACGGUUGCCAAU